AUGGAGCCCCUCGCGACCGGCAAGCGGCGGCGACCGGCGUCCGCGUCGCUGUCGCCCCCUCCGCCUCCGCGCCAGCCCACGCGCGACGACGAGCAGCUCGUGAGCUGGAAGAAGCGGCGGCUCGAGUCCCCCAAGAAGCGGCCGGAGCUGCGCAGUCCCGAGCCGGAGGAGAAGAAGCCCGCGCCCACGGGCAAGCGGCGACGCAGCGUCACGCCCGAGCCCAAGCAGGAGCAGGAGCAGGAGAAGCUGGAGGAGACCAGCAACAGCAGCGAGGACAAACAGGAGACCAAGAAGCGUCGCGUAGCGGAGGAGGGCAGCUCGACGUCGCCCCCUCCCGUUCUACCGGCCUCUCCGCCGGCCAAUCUAAGCGAGAAGCACUCGCAGACGCCGUCUACUUCUUCAGAGCAGGAGGAGAAACAGAGCAUUACAGAGGAGAAGGCGAGGUUCCCUCCGCCGCCGCUGAUCAUCCCCUCUGUACGAGAAGAGGAGCAGGAACAGGAGGAGGAGGAUACCCCCAAGGAGAACAGAGCGGACGCCACGUUCACCAACUUGGACCAGUUCGUCGUGAGCUCGCAGGGCAGCGACGCCGACCUGGUCGCGGCCUGUGCCAACCUGCACAAUGACAUCGUGAGCUGCAGCCAGGACUCGCAGGGCAGCGACGUCGAGAGAGUACGGCUGCGCACGUCGCUGCGUACAGUUCAGGUGACGCCCCCGCCCUCGGCGCGGAUGCUGGACAGAAAGAACCCUCCGCCGCCGCCCAAGAGACCCAAGAGACGACGCAACUACGGCGGCAUCGUGUACGCGCGGACGUACCCGCGGCUGGCGCUGUCCCCUCUGGUCGACGACUCUCCGCCGAGCUCCCCGCGCGUCUUCCGGUCCCUGGAGAACGAGUUCGCCUUCGCCAUGCAGGACACGCCCGAGAUCCGCCCCCGCGUACGGCCGGCGCCCAGGAUGGCCAGGGGCACGCGGCGGUCCACGCGCGCGGGCUCGGCAACGCGUCGGUCCCUGGACACGCCCACCUCGACGAUGGUAUUGAGGUCACGACAGCUGAACCCGAGCCUGAGCGCCGACGGCGGCAAGCCCGAGAACCAGCGCGAGCGGGAGCAGCGUGACGCUCAACGCCGACACUGA